UGAUUUCCCUCAGUCUUUCGCGCGCUUCCGUUCGAAAUGGUGCUCUUGGCUGUAUUCCUCUGCUCUGCUCCCAUUCUCGCCCUCGUCAUCCUCUUCCUCUUGAUACGUCGGGCACACUAUCAGCGCCUCCGGCAUCCGGAGAAAGUCUCCCCGCGACUUCUCUUCAGCCCCAUUCACUCCUCCGCCGAUCACAACACGAGGAUUUGGAUUGUUGAGCAAGAGUAGGGCUUAUCUGGCCAGUUCAAGAGUCCCUCCUUUCUGACGACAAGGAGUGGCCAAAAUGCUCAUUAGCAUAGAAGAUAAUCCCAAAGAUUCCAGGAAUAUUCCAUGCUGUCUUGGAAAACAACCGGCGUGGGGCGUUUUGCGGCAAAAAAGACCUCCGAGAGUGAUAAGGAUAGAAGUGUUUUGGUGCUUCGGAUGAGUUCUCACACGGGUUUUUUGGGACAACUCUGAGGAGUUGAUCGUCAGUUAUCUUGAGAUUGUUGUGGACGAAAGCCAUACUUUUUCUCCAAGAGAGAGACAACAUUGCCAGACAGUGGAAAAUUUUUCAAGGUGCCCACAUUCAUUUUCUCGAAUAUAUCCCGUGGUUUCGUGACACCCAGAAUGUUCCAGACACUCAGGCGUGCUAUUCACCAGAUCCAGAGGCAGCCACAUGCCGAUGUGCGUAGGAAAUUGCAGAAGAUCGGCAUCGUUGGUGUGCCCUUUUCGCGUGGACAGAAGAAGUUCGGGGUCGAGUGUGGUCCCAAAGCCAUCCGAGAUGCAGGUCUGGCCCAGGAAAUCGCUGACAUUUCAGAUGACAUCAGCUUGAAGGACUUCGGAGACAUCACCUAUGAGCCUAAGACAACCAAAAUCAAGCCUAGGAACAUGCUAGGCUAUGACGACGUUGUGGCCUGCAACCAGCGCCUGUCUGAGAAGGUCUUUGAGAUCCUUUCCGACGACCACUUGUGCAUCACUUUGGGUGGAGAUCAUGCCAUCGGGAUAGGCUCUGUAGAUGGUCAUGUGCGCCAGCGAAAGGACAUCGCGAUCGUCUGGGUGGACGCUCAUGCUGAUCUCAACACCAACACUUCCUCGCUCUCAGGAAACAUCCACGGAAUGCCUCUGGCGCUGCUGGCCGAGGAGUUCGCCGGCAUGUGGCCGUAUCUGCCCAACAUGGACUGGCAGGUGCCGCGCGUGUCCACGAAGAAUAUCGCCUACAUCGGCCUGAGAUCAGUGGAUGAUUUCGAGAAGGACAUGAUCGCACGGUACAACAUCACAGCGUUCGGAAUGAGAGAUGUGGACAAGUAUGGCAUUCACGAUGUCAUCAACAGAUCCUUGGAGGCCAUAGAUCCCGAUGGAAGUCGAUCUAUUCACCUCAGCUUCGACAUUGACGCCCUGAAUCCUUUGGAGGCUCCUAGCACCGGAACAUCCGUCCCGGGCGGCCUAGCUCUCCGCGAAGGCAUCCACAUCGUCGAGGAGGUGCACAAAACCAAACGACUGAACGUGAUGGAUCUCGUGGAAGUGAACCCAAGGAUAGGAAACGAGGAUCAAGUGAAAGACACCGUAAAUGCCGCAAUCGAGAUCAUAAAAGCAGCCUGUGGUAAUUAUAGAUAGACUUCAUAGACACUUCCUGUAGCACUUAUACUCAAUAAAGACGAUCCUCA